AUGAAGACAGCUUUGAUUCUGCUCAGCAUUUUGGGAAUGGCUUGUGCUUUCUCAAUGAAAAAUUUGCACCGCAGGGUCAAAGCUGAGGACUCUGAGGAAAACGGGGUCUUUAAAUACCGGCCACGCUAUUUCCUCUACAAGCAUGCCUACUUCUAUCCUCCUCUAAAGCGGUUUCCAGUCCAGGGAGGCAGUGACUCUUCUGAAGAAAAUGGAGACGGUGAUAGUUCAGAUGAAGAAGGGGAAGAGGAGACUUCAAAUGAAGAGGAAAACAAUGAAGAUUCCGAGGGGAAUGAAGAUGAGGAGGCAGAGGCUGGGAACACCACACUCUCUAGUGUAACAGCUAGCUAUGGAGCCGAGACCACAACUGAAGCAGGGAGUAUAGGGUUAGCUGCGCUCCAGCUGCCCAAGAAGGCUGGAGAUGCAGAAAGCAAGGCUGCAAAAAACAAGGAAAGUGAUGAAGAGGAAGAGGAAGAGGAGGAAAAUGAAAAUGAAGAAGCAGAAGUAGAAGAAAACGAGCAGGUCGCCAACGGCACCAGCGCUAACUCAACGGAGGCGUAUGGUGGGAACAGCAGUAGUGGAGGAGACAAUGGAGAAGGUGAGGAACAGAGCGUCACUGAAGCAGGUGUAGAAGGAACCACAUUGGACAGGGAGCAGAUCAGUGACGGCCCCACGACAGCUGUCCUUCCAAACGGGUUUCAGUAUACAACCCCACCACCCGAAGCCUAUGGGACCACCGCCCCACCAUUCAGAAAACCCACCACCGCUGAGUACUGGGGAGAAUACGAACAAACGGGCAACAAUGAGGACAACGGUGAGUAUCAAAUCUACGACAAUGAGAACGGGGAGCCUCGUGGGGACACCUACCGGGCCUAUGAGGAUGAAUACAGCUACUACAAGGGGCGUGGCUAUGAAGGCUAUGAUGGUCAAGAUUAUUACUACCACCAGUGA